GGACAAGCUCCCGCGGCUUUUUCUCCUGGACGAACGGAGUUUCCGAACCGUUGGCGCGCUCCUUUGCUCGCGUCGGGGCCCCGGUUCCUCGUUUUCUCGUUCUCUGCCCUCCGUCUUCGGUGCAUCUUUACGCCUUUCUUCUGUCAAGAGACUAUACUGUGCCGCAGAGGUCUUGUCUUCAACGGUGCAUGUCUUUCCGCUCGGGCGAUGCGCUUCAGCGCGUCACACAAACGAGGACUUUCGUCUCUCGGCGCCUCUCCCAUUCCUCCUCGUGAAUCAAAACAGUCUCGCCCGUCCAUCUGUCUCUCCUCUCUCUGACAGCUGCCGUCCUCUUCACCCUCUCUGCGUCACCUUCUCUCUUUUUCUCUCCGUAGUCUCCUUUGGCUCCUUCGUCUCCUUAGUCUCCUUCGUCUCCUUAGUCUCGUCUCCUUUGUCUCUUUUUGCCUGUCUUCUUCGUCUUCGAUCCCGCUCCUCCGCUCCCCUUCUCUCGUCUCUGUUUCCUCUCUUCUGCUUCCUCGCUUCUUCUUCCUUCCUCGGUGUCUCUCCUCUGCGCGACCUGGCCAUCUCCCAUCCCCCCCCCCCAUCCCCCCAUGUACGGACAGGUGGGCGGCGGGCCUCCCGCAGGGUCUGCGGACUUCUUCCCCGGACUCUUCGGCGAGGCUGUCUCCGAGGCGCCGGGCGCCUUCCGCGGCGGCCCGCCGAGUCUCCGUGGAGCCCGAGGCGGUCGCGGUCGGGGCGCGGGCCCGCCGGCGCUCGCGGGUCGCGUGAGGAAGGAGGGGGACUGGGAGUGUGAAGACCCUGCCUGUCGGAACGUGAACUUUUCCAAGCGCACGCGCUGCAACCGCUGCGGAAGGAGCAGACCGAAGACAGGCGACCCUCUGAAAGACAUUCCGAACCUCGGCGGCCCGCCGGGGCUCUUCAAGCACGGCGACUGGCCUUGCGCCCACUGCGGGAACGUGAACUGGGCGCGGAGGAGCACUUGCAACAUCUGCAACGCCCCGCGAGCCAACAACCAAGACGAGCCGCGAAUGGGGCGCGGCGGCGGUCACUUCGACCUCCAAGACCCUGCAGAUCGAAACAGGCAUGACUCCGACGACGAGGACUUCGACGAAUUCGGGCGCCGAAAGCGAAAACACGUCGCGCACAGUUCCAGUGGCGGCCUGGGCGCAGUCGCCCCGACGGGUCAGGCUCCGAGCGCGGCAGCCGCGGCGGACCCGACGGACGCGGAGACAGUUGGCGCCCAACGAGCCGGUGGUGGAGCCUUCGGCCCGGAGACUCUUGGGGACGCGGCGCCAGAGACGCCGGAGGGCGGCGGAGCCCACGCAGCGGCGGCCGCGGCCCCGGAGAGUCUGGAGACAGGGUCGGGUGCGGGAGGCGCGCGCGGAGCGUUCGGAAGCGGAAAUGGAUUCGAAGGAGACACCGUCGGAGUGAAACUGGUGUUCCCGCCCGCGCCAAAGAUCCGUCUUGUCUCCUCGUCUUCUGAGAGCGAGGCCAGCCGGAGCCCAAGCCGGUCGCGGCGCGGCCACAGGAGCCGAAGCCGCAGCCGAAGCGCAAGCAACGGCCGGAGACGGCGGAGACGCAGCAGCAGCCGCGAAAACAGAAGAGCGAGAAGAGAGAGAGACAGAGAACGAGACAGGCGGUCGCGGUCGCGGAGCCCGCGUGGCCAUGGAGGCUCCAGUAGCUCGAGAAGGUGAAGGCCGUCGAGCAUUUGCAACGGGGGCAACUAGGAAAAGGCAGAGAACGAGAAGAGCGAAACAGGUGGAAGACGUGAGAAAGACAUCGACAGAGUAGAAACGCGAAGGAUUCCGAGUCUGUCGACUGCAACUCCGACACGCAGAGAGGAAUGCCUCCUCCGUCAGUCUGACGCUGUUGUGACAGAUGUUCUUCUGCAGCUACGGAAGAGGAGACAAAAGGUCCUGUUGCCUUCGCUGCAUGCAAAAGCCUCCCCCAGUGUUAAGGCUCUUCUCCGCGCUCGCGCUGCCCGUGGGGGAGGCUCGGGAGUUCAGCUGAAUCCAGGGCUGGAACGGAAGAAGUUGUCGCGAGUCUGCCCUGGCGACGGCGCCUCCACUCCCCUAGAUCUUUUGCAGGUUGUGCGUACACCGUGGAAAGGCCGCAGAAACCGAAGUCCUUUUCGUUCGAAAAACGCGACGGGUCUCGUUUCGGUCCGUUGUCUCCAACUGGAAGCGUACUUGUGGCUUCGGUUGCUUGGUGCAUCUCUUCUUUGGAAAAUCGCUCGUUCCUCUUGAUGCAGACAGCGCGGUCUCUUGUCGCUUUGAUGGCCGGGCCGAAAGCUGAGUCCGGAGACCGCAUGCAAACUUUUGGGAAACACAUUGAGAUCUCCCCUUGGCUUUCUUCACCCUUUUCACAAACUUCCUCUCGCGUCCGCCGGGGAACGAACUGUAGAGAGACGCCACAGUCUAAUGCGAUGAGAGUAUAAUCGUUGUACACAUCUUCAUCCCAGGGUAAAUG